GGAGGAAGAGUCAAGGCUAAAAUUCAGAGAAGAAGAGAAGAAGAAGACGUCUCACAGGGGGAAGCAUCUUGCUCAUCAUUCGUGGGGAAGCAGAAAAGGUUUGGCAAUGCCUGCUGAAGUGAAAGAGGAGCAGAGCUCAGAGGGUCCUCCUCCUCUGUCUCUAUCCCAGGAGGCUAAAGAAGCCACCGUGGAUAACCCAUCCACCAAUGAAGAACUGGACACGCCCACCUCCAUCGCCUCGGUGGUGACCUCUACCAAUGAGAGCUCCACGGAAACCGACACCCCGCAGCAGACAGACACUGAGGAGUCCAAAGCGGUGGAACAAGAGGGUGUUGAACAAGAGGCUCCCAGUGAGACCCAAGAGUCCCCUGAGAUGCAGCAGGAGGAUGCACAGACAUCAGACACACCUGAGCUCACAUCGACUCCAGAGGCUCAGGAAAACACUCCCACUGAGCAGCCUGUUCCUGAUGCCAAAACUGAAGCCAGCGAGUCUGCUCCACCGACAACAACAACCAGCAUCACUACAACUCCACACCCUGAGGUGGUACAGCAGCCUGGGGAGCCUCAGCCGGUGAACACAGACAGACAGAGCAGAGUGUAUGCCCUCCCCGACAACUACAGACCCAUCAGCGGUGACUUAUGUGCCGGAUAUGGAAGUCUUUCCCGCACUGCCCUCCACAGCUACUGGCCCACCAAGACCUACCAGCCCGGGGCUCACUACACCUUACCCUUCCUCAGGGACAGCUACGCUCCAGCAGGGUUCAGCAGCCAAUCAGAGGAGGAUGUCAUCGGUGAAAGGGGGGAAAACCCACUGGACAUGAAGAGUGAGCACCCAGCUGCCAGUUACCCAACUCUGGGGGGGAUCCACCAGUUCAGGCCGAUUACAACCAUGGAGCUCCUCAGGGAGCCGUCAAGAACCAGAGGUGGCUAUGACGAUGCCUUCAUGGCCCAGCUGGAGGGGAACCUGAAUCCUUUCUUCCAGGCCAUGUGCCGUGCUCAGACCUUGCAGUUCCCCCACAAGCGAAGCAGUAUGGUCAGCCUGGACAGCAUCCGCAGAGACCCACGCUGGAGAGACCCCAACCUACAUGAGGUCAUCUCAAUGCUCACCCACCCAAUGGAUCCAGUCAAGUCCAAUGCUGCUGCUUAUUUGCAACACCUGUGUUAUGAGAAUGAUCGCAUCAAGCAAGAGGUGCGCCAGCUGAACGGAGUGCCUAUCUUGGUAGAAUUACUGGACCACCCUAAGGCUGAGGUCCACCGCAAGGCCUGUGGAGCUCUGCGCAACAUAUCCUAUGGCAAAGACCACAACAAUAAAAUGGCCAUCAAGAACUGUGAUGGCAUCCAAGCUUUAGUCAGGCUUCUUAGGAAGACGAGCAGCAUGGAGGUCAAAGAGUUAGUCACAGGUACUCUGUGGAACCUCUCCUCGCAUGAGCCUCUGAAGAUGAUGGUCAUCAACAGUGGGCUUCAGACACUGACUGAUGAGAUUAUCAUCCCGCACUCUGGCUGGAGGAGAGAUUCAACUGACCCCUCCAAACUGAUGAGUGCAGAGUGGACCACAGUCUUUAAGAACACCUCAGGAUGUCUGAGGAAUGUGAGUUCAGAUGGAGCAGAAGCUCGGCAGAGGUUGAGGGAGUGUGAGGGGUUGGUGGACGCGCUCCUUCAUGCCCUUCAGUCAGCUGUUGUUAACAAGGACACUGAUAAUAAGUCUGUAGAAAACUGUGUUUGCAUCCUGCGGAACCUCUCCUAUCACGUUCACAAAGAAAUACCUGGAACAGAACGACUGCAGGAACCUCAUUCCCACCAUCUGAUGAAGUCAGUGGGACACCAGAAGAAGAAGAAUGAGCCUGACUGUUUUGGAGGAAAAAGACCCAAAGAGGAGUGGUUCAACCAAGGUUGGAAAAAUGGAUUUAUGGACAGAAAAUACGGUACAUUGGAUUUACCAAAACGUACUGAACAAACCAAAGGCUUGGAGCUGCUGUACCAGCCAGAGGUGGUGAGGCUCUACCUGUCUCUUCUCACCUCCAGUCACAACCAUAACACUCUAGAAGCAGCUGCAGGAGCCCUGCAGAACCUUGCAGCCGGACAAUGGGCUUGGUCCAGCUACAUCCGGGCCACGGUGAGAAAAGAAAAAGGGCUGCCGAUCCUGGUGGAGCUUCUGCGGUCAGACGUGGAUAAAGUUGUUCGAGCUGUGGCUAUUGCUCUUCGCAACCUGGCCAUGGACAGAAGGAAUAAAGACCUAAUAGGAAGCUAUGCUCUUAGGGACCUUGUUGGUAAUCUGCCAUGUGGACAGCAGCAUCCAGCGAAGAAUUUAGAGGGAGAUACAGUGGUGUCAAUUCUGAACACCAUCCAUGAGAUCAUCACAGACAGCCCUGAGAAUGCCCGGGCGCUCAUACAGGGACAUGCUGUGCAGAAGCUGGUGGCCAUAAAUAAGUCAAGCCAAUCAGCUCGGGAGAUCAAGGCGGCUUCCCAUGUCCUCCAGACAAUCUGGGCCUACAAGGACCUGAGAAACACUCUGACCAAGGCAGGCUGGACCAAGAGCCACUUUAAGCCAACUACAACAGGAGUGACUAAAAAAUCCAAGAGCGGAAAGCAAGGCGGCGAUGACAUCACCUUGCCACUCAUGGACAAAAAUCAAGAUGUAUAUUCCAGCUUAGAGCCAAAUGACAGAGUUGGAGACGGGAAAGCACCUGUUGUGGAAAGAGAUGCGCUCCAGGCGAUAAGCGAGAGAAAACACUUCAUCAGAGCUGGCAGGCCUGCUGUGGGCCUCAUGGAUAACAAACCUCCACCGCUGGACUCCUGGGUGUAAACAUGAUGACAAGGCCCCUGGAGCCUGUUUAAUCCUGUAAAGACUCUUUUCAUUGGUGAAAUACAGAUUUGAGCCAUUUGACCAUCCUUGUACAGACAGAGAAAAUUAACCAAUUCAUACAGUUUACUUUGUUUGCAGAAAGUCUGUGCCAAAUAUUUACAUGUAUUUAUUAUGGAGGUUAUUUGGAAAUAGAUUUUAUGAAUUUUGUCAUUAAGGAUGAUCUACAGUCUGUCUGAAGCUCACGAUGGAUUAUGUAUGGCAUCUGAAUUAACCUAAAUAUGCAAACUAGGGUAAAUUAUGACUCCAAAGAAUAUAUUAUAAACAAAGAUUAACAUUUUACACUUAGGCAAGUAUGAGAUCAUUUAAAAUACUUCUAGUUUGUGAAGUUAUUAAGGCCUUUAUGUGGAUCUGUUGAAGUAUGGAAGAGAAUGAAUCAGAAUUAUUUUAAAAUCUUUUGGUAAGGGUGUGAGAUACUCAACAAAAUAAUGAGAUUAUUUAAAAAAAUAGUUAAUUCUUGACAGACCUGAUGCAAUAUUAGGCCAUCAACAAAUCCUCUCUGUUCCAUUUGUUUCAGGAUAGGCA